CGGCUCUCCUGCCCACGCAACGUCUCCGGCUCUCGCCUUCCCCGGUCUGAGAUCCAAGGGGGACGCCGCCUCUCGAGGAAUUUCCAGGCUUUGGGAUGGUGAUGAAGCCCCAGUAAGAUCUCCUAGCUCCACACCCAAACAUUGCUUUGUUUUCCAUCCAGGGAAGACCAUUUCCCUUGAGGCCCUGUCAAGGAAAGAGACUUCGAUGGACUUACACCGGGCAGCCUUCAAGAUGGAAAACUCCUCCUACCUUCCCAAUCCUCUGGCAUCUCCAGCCUUGAUGGUUCUCGCUUCGACUGCUGAAGCCAGCCGUGAUGCUUCCAUACCUUGCCAACAGCCAAGGCCCUUUGGCGUCCCGGUAUCAGUGGACAAGGAUGUACACAUCCCGUUCACCAAUGGCUCCUAUACUUUUGCCUCCAUGUAUCACCGGCAAGGUGGGGUACCCGGAGCCUUCACCAACCGUGAUUUUCCACCUUCCUUGCUGCAUCUCCAUCCCCAGUUUGCUCCCCCGAAUCUGGACUGCACCCCAAUCAGCAUGCUGAACCACAGUGGUGUUGGGGCCUUCCGUCCCUUUGCCUCCACUGAAGACAGGGAGAGUUACCAGUCAGCUUUUACACCUGCCAAGCGCCUGAAGAACUGCCAUGAUACUGAUUCUCCCCACCUUCGCUUCUCAGAUGCUGAUGGCAAGGAGUAUGAGUUUGGAGCCCAGCUACCAUCUGGCUCCCCUGGCUCACUCAAAGUUGAUGACACAGGGAAAAAGAUCUUUGCUGUCUCUGGCCUCAUUUCAGACCGGGAGACCUCAUCCAGCCCUGAAGACCGAAAUGAUAGAUGCAAGAAGAAGGCAACCCUUUUUGACAGCCAGGCUCCAAUCUGCCCUAUUUGUCAGGUCUUACUUCGCCCUGGUGAACUGCAAGAGCACAUGGAACAGGAGCUGGAGAAGUUAACACAGUUGAACAUCAGUAAGAACUCUAUAUUGAAAGAUGUCAUGGCUCCAGGCACUCCCAAGUCAAUUUUGUUGUCAGCCUCAAUCAAGCGGGAAGGAGAUUCUCCAACAGCAUCACCUCACUCCUCAGAUGAUAUCCAUCAUUCAGACAGAUACCAGACCUUCCUGCGAGUUAGGGCAAACAGACAAACCCGGCUGAAUGCUCGGAUUGGGAAAAUGAAACGGAGGAAGCAAGACGAAGGACAGAGGGAAGGUUCAUGCAUGAUGGAAGAUGACUCUGUUGAUAUUGAGAAUGAGAAUGGUAAUCGCUUUGAGGAAUACGAAUGGUGUGGGCAGAAAAGGAUACGUGCCACCACCCUUCUGGAAGGCGGGUUCAGAGGGUCUGGGUUCGUCAUGUGCAGUGGUAAGGAGAACCCAGACAGUGAUGCUGACCUUGAUGUGGAUGGAGAUGACACACUGGAAUAUGGAAAACCACAAUAUACAGAGGCAGAUAUCAUUCCAUGUACUGGGGAAGAACCAGGUGAAGCCAAAGAGAGAGAAGCGCUUCGUGGUGCAGUCUUAAAUUUCAUCACCCAGAGCUCUUCAUUAAAUUACAUUUAUCCACUGGAUAAGAUGCCUCUGUUUCCAAAACCUCUUUCAGUUCCAAGUCACUUAAAAAUUGGUCACAUACUUCUGUAUUCUCUGAUCCUGGACAGAACUAGCAUGCCAGAAAGGAUUACAGAAGACUCGGCAGUGACAACAUUUGAGGCGCUAAAGGCUCGAGUCCGUGAAUUAGAAAGGCAGCUUUCCCGUGGGGAUCGCUAUAAAUGUCUCAUUUGCAUGGAUUCAUACACGAUGCCCUUGACAUCCAUCCAGUGCUGGCAUGUGCACUGUGAGGAAUGCUGGCUGAGGACACUGGGUGCCAAGAAGCUUUGUCCUCAGUGCAACACCAUCACCUCUCCAGGGGACCUCAGGCGCAUCUACUUAUGAAGGACAUGGCUGCUCAGACCAGCUUGCUGUAUUAUAGGAGACUAGGAGAAAGGAAUAGCAGCAGCAACAAGAGAGACUUGAAAACAAAACUAGGGACUCCAAAUGUGGACUAGAGGCUGAGGGAGCCACACGAAGCCUCUGCUUCCAGAGCUGUCAUUGGCGCUACCAACUCCACAAGAAGGCCAAACCAGAAUCCUUAUUGUGAAUUUCCCCUUUUUUACAAACUAAUGCUCUGCGCCUUGCCCAUUUCUCCAAGAGCUGGGCUUUCAUCGUGGACAACUUGCAAGCUUUUCUGGGACUUGUCUAGGAAAGCAUCCCAGUCCCACAAGCCAACCUGAAAAGGUGUUGGAUCUUCCACUGCAGGAACUCUUACAGCCUGUAACUUGUGUUCUUUAACCCUUUUAUUUCUGGUGUUUUAGUGUUGUUGUUUUUUUAAGUCAAAGAAAAAGCCUACACCCACACACCCACAAAGGCAGAAUGAAGCACAUGUAAUAUAGACUAUAUGUUUACAAUGUUGUGUAUAAAUGGGAUAGACUCAACAUUACAUACUAAUAAUUGUUUCCUUUUUAUUUUUUUCUUUGGGUUUUCUUUGGUUGUACUUUUUUAAAAAAAGAGAAGAGAAAAAAAUAAACAGAGAACAUUAAACCCAUAUUUUUCUUGGUUCUGCAAAGUUUUGGCAUUAAAAGUCAUUAGUUUAAAAGAAAUAUAUAUAUAUAUUAUACAUAUAUAUAAUAUAAAUGGUUUAAUGUUCUGUGAUGUAUAUUUCCUCAUUCAGAUAUGAAGUUAACAGCUUCUAGUAAUGGCCGUAGUUUUGCCCGUAACUUACACAACUUCUGGGGGAAGUAGGGACAAGAUUUUGUCAUUAGUUAUACCUAAUGGGGUUAUUUAUAUAGAAUCCUUUAUUCCACUUAUGCAAUUUUUAGUUUUUCCAUUGAAGAAAAGCAAGACUCAUGCAGAUCAGGUUUGCAAGGUUUUACCCCAUUGUCAGCUGUGGAAAAGGAUAAGAAUUUAACAUGAAAUAGCAAAAAGUGAACAUUGGUCUUUGCCUAUUGCAGCUGGCAAUGUUGGUGAAGCUAUUCUCGAGCCAGUUUGUUUGUCUUUUUGAAAGCCAAAGCCACCUUUUGUUCAAGCAUUUUGCAUUCAAGUGGUUAUGAGCCGGUGUUAACCAAUCUGUGUUCUGCAGCCUUUCCUGUUCCAUGAGAGUAAAUGGAGAAGCAAAACAGAGAAAAAACUGUAUUCCAGUCAUAGCCAGAGCAAUUCUAGAAUUCCCUCAUUCAUCUCUCCUGAAAGUCUGUGCAUUUCAUUAAUGGUCUCUUUCGGUGUCACUCUGACAGGUUUUGUUUUGUUUUGUUUUUUUGUUUUUAUUUUCCUAUGUCCAACCACUCCCGGACUGCUUUGUUUGCUUCUGCGGUGAAAUUACUGGAGUUGCCCCACCUCACAUGUGAGAACAUGCUUCAUGCUACACUCUUAGAAAGAAAGGAACUUGGGCGUGUGCUGACUUUGAGUGCCAUGUGUCAGUCUCUCUUCCUCUGGCUUGUGUCAGUACUGGAGCUGGACCCAAGGCUGAGUCCAAUGAAUUCUAUCCUCUUGUUUCUGCAACAUUCUUAACAAUCUUCAGCCAGCCUCCUGUUCUGAAUUUUGAAAAUAGCCCCAUCUGUAAGCCACAUGCAGUCUACUCACUACCUGCAUUAAUCAGAAACAAACAACUCCAAUUGUUACAUACACGGCCAAAUAAGCUAAUAGCAUUCCCCUUGCCCCCAUUUUUUACAAGGUUGCUGGGAAUUACGAAGGUAGAAGCUAGCAGCAUGGUUGACAUAGGCAAUGGCUGACUCAAAGGGGCAAAUGUGACUGUUGCGACUCACCUUUUAAACUGAAUGAACAGAGUUGCUGCUCUGUGGUCUUGUGUAAGUUAAUGUUUUGUUUUCAUUCUGGCCAAUCCCAUCUAAUGAUAAAUCUUUUAAAGAGUAAAAAGACAUAGUUGCACUACAGUGUUUGGUCAGCUCUAGUCAUGCUGUUCUCAAAAUGGUUGACGAUAUGGAUUAGUCUCUACCAUCACACCACAAAGGGAGGUGUAGCUUCAGUGCUGGGUACCAUAUUCCCUUUAGCUUGGCUGAGUAUGCUCUGAAUACAAAUGCUUACGGGAGUCUUGCUUUUUUUUUCACCCCACUACGCACACCCUUGCCUUAGGAGGAAUAGACAAUUCUGAGCUUCCAAGGUGUCUAAGCAACACCUAAAGCACCCAGCCACAACUAUCCCUGUCUGUUCUGCCUAAGAACACAGUGUAAGGAAAGUCCGUUUAUAGCUUGUGUCAGGAGUGAAGUGGGGGUGGAGAAAUGCCCUUUCAAGCAAGAGUUGAUCUAGCCCCCUCCAUGGACAACAACAGUUUGCCAGAACCAUAAAGCUUCUAGCAUCCCAUUGUUCAGCCAAGAGAUUAUGCUACUGGCAUAGCACUUAAACCUCCUUGUAUUUGUCAUAGUGGGGAUGUCUGUGUCCUCCCCAGAGCUGCUUGUCCAGUACAAUCUCUGAUGGGACAUACAAUGCAGAGCUACACUUCUCUCUGGUCUGUUUAAGAAUAGGCUAUGCUGAGAGGGCUCAGCUUUGAUGUCCUGGCAAAUUGGCACUGGGAGCAAAGAACCUCUUCUGGUCCUGUGGACCACUACUAAGCCAAAUGAAUAUCUGUAAAAUCAUAUAUAACUAAUACCCCUGCUUUUUUUUUCUUGUGAGAGUAGGGAGAGGAAAGAAGACCUGAAUGGAAGAUGCAAGGGACUAACUUGUUCAUUUCCUCCUUUGGAGCAAGGCACAUUUUGCAGAACCCUCUGGCCACUCCCUCCUCUUCCACAGUUAGCUUGGAAAAAAAGAACUAACUUUGCCCAAAGAUUCCCAGCUGCACAAGGUGAUAUUCAAGUUGUGUCAAUGAUUGUGUGUCGAUGUAUAUUCUAUAAAAAGGUACUUGUCAUUCCCGUUUGUAAACUACAUUGACAUUAAUUAAAUGAGUAUAAAAUC